CCCAGCUCCAAGGCAAGCACUGUACCAGCCCGCACUCCAGCAUAACACAGGCUCCACUGAGGUCCAGAGAACAUUAUCUAGAUAAGCCGGAGCUCUGUAUACCAUCUUGUGUCCAAGAAUCCCAAAAAUGGCCAGCACCUUCUCAAGAGUUCUAAUCACAAGGAAAUCAGCCGGGCUCUUGGCUAUGACUGGAGCUAUAGGUGCUGGAUACCUUAUGACCAGAGAUGCAAUCAGUGCUGACACAGACAAAAAGCGAAGACUCUACCCACCAAGUGCUGAAUACCCUGAUCUUCGAAAACACAACAACUGCAUGGCAAGCAACCUAACUCCUUCCAUCUAUGCCAAGCUUUGCAGCAAAUCUACCCCUGCUGGCUUCACCAUAGAUGAUUGUAUCCAGACCGGUGUAGAUAAUCCUGGACACCCCUUCAUUAAGACCGUCGGGAUGGUGGCGGGAGAUGAGGAGAGCUAUGAGGUAUUCGCAGAUCUAUUUGACCCAGUUAUAAAGGAGAGACACAAUGGCUAUGACCCAAAGACCAUGAAACACCCAACUGACUUAGAUGCCAGCAAGAUUAAAGCUGGCUUCUUUGAUGAACGCUAUGUAUUGUCUUCUCGUGUGCGCACUGGACGUAGUAUCCGGGGGCUGAGCCUUCCCCCAGCCUGCACCAGAGCAGAGAGAAGGGAGGUGGAGAAGGUGGCAGCAGAUGCCCUAAAUGGACUUAAAGGAGAUCUGACUGGGCAUUAUUAUAGACUCAGUGAAAUGACAGAUCAGGAACAACAACAACUCAUCGAUGAUCACUUCCUAUUUGACAAGCCAGUUUCCCCACUGCUAACAGCUUCUGGAAUGGCUAGGGACUGGCCAGAUGCACGUGGAAUAUGGCACAAUAAUGAAAAGACUUUUCUCAUCUGGAUUAAUGAAGAGGAUCACACAAGAAUAAUUUCCAUGGAAAAGGGAGGAAACAUGAAGCGAGUGUUUGAACGUUUCUGCCGAGGCUUGAAGGAGGUUGAGAAAUUAAUCCAGGAGAGAGGCUGGGAAUUUAUGUGGAAUGAAAGGCUGGGAUAUGUCCUGACUUGUCCAUCUAAUCUAGGUACAGGUCUGAGAGCUGGAGUGCACAUUAAACUACCUCUACUGAACAAGGACGCUCGAUUUUCCAAGAUUCUGGAGAACCUCCGUUUGCAGAAGAGAGGAACAGGAGGCGUAGACACAGCUGCUGUCGGCAGCACCUUCGAUAUCUCAAAUCUUGAUCGUUUGGGAAAAUCUGAGGUGGAACUGGUGCAGUUGGUCAUUGAUGGAGUGAAUUAUCUUAUUGACUGUGAGAAGAGGUUGGAGAAAGGACAAGACAUUCGCAUCCCCCCUCCUGUGUCUCAGUUCAAACACUAAUCCUAAACUGUAGGCCUCUGAUACCAAACACUCUGGUCCAUAAUUCAAUGCAGUAACUAGUGAACUUAUGCAACAUUGCCAAUGCGAAAGCCAUUGGAUGUUAAUGCAUCAUUAAUUCAGUGUUACACCACUUUUUACUUUAUUGAAUAUGGGAUUUGCUCUAAAAGCUCAUAAUAUACAUGCGGCCUGCUUAUUGUACAGCGGUUUCAGCAUGUUGUUGACAUCUAUAAAUAUGGAAGGUAUAUUGUCAUCACCUCAUUAAAGUAUACUGCUAUCUGA